CCCUAGGCUGGCUGGCUGGCUGGCUGGCUGAGUGACUGGGGUGGCGGGGGCUGUUCGGCGGAGCUCGGCAGCACCCAGAGCUCCGGGGCUGACUCCGUGUUGUCGCCGAGGAAGGUGGCACCAUGGGCACGGGGUAGAGGGGGAAGUUGGCCGCCGCCGCCGCCUCCUGGGGGUGGGGUGGGAGAAGUGUUCCAGGGGAGGGGGCGGGCGGGCGGGUGGGGGUUCGGCUGGGGGCAAGGGCGGGGGAGGGAAGCUCUCUUGGCCCUGGCACUUUUUUUUUGGGUGCCGCAGCCGCGACCCCUCCGCGCGGAUGUCCCCGAUUCCCGGAGCGACAGCAGCCGCUUCCUAACCUGGAAAGAGGAAUGCCAGCUCCUGAGCAGACCCCUUUGGUGGAGGAGGGGCUGCAACAAACUAGCCAGGAAGCCUCUACAGACCCAGGCAUGGAACCAGAAACUACAGCCACUACCAUUCUUGCCUCUGUGAAGGAGCAGGAGCUUCAGUUUCAACGACUCACCAGAGAGCUGGAAGUGGAAAGACAAAUUGUUGCCAGUCAGCUAGAAAGAUGUAGGCUUGGAGCAGAAUCACCAAGCAUUGCCAGCACAAGCUCAACUGAAAAGUCGUUUCCUUGGAGAUCAGCAGAUGUGCCAAAUACUGGAGUAAGCAAACCUCGAGCUUCUGACACUGUCCAUCCCAAUACAUAUCUUAUCAGGACAGAAGCAGAACAAGGGACUCUUUAUUCACCAGAGCAGACAUCUCUCCAUGAAAGUGAGGGGUCAUUGGGAAACUCAAGAAGUUCAACACAAAUGAAUUCUUAUUCUGACAGUGGAUACCAGGAACCAGGUAGUUUCCACAAUAGCCAGAACUUGAGCAAGGCAGAUAAUAGACAACAGCAUUCAUUCUUAGGCUCAAGUAAUAACCAUCUGGUGAGAAAUUCAAGAGCUGAAGGACAAACUUUAGUCCAGCCUUCUGCAAAUAUUGCCAGUCGAACCAUGAGAAGAGUUAGUUCUGUUCCAUCUAGAGCACAGUCUCCUUCUUAUGUUAUCAGUACGGGCAUUUCUCCCUCAAGGGGGUCACUGAGAACUUCUUUGGGUAGUGGAUAUGGCUCUCCAUCAGUGACUGACUCCAGACCCCUGAAUUCAAAUGUGUAUUCAUCUACUACGUUACCUGCCCAGCGAGCAGCAUCUCCAUAUGCCACACAGAGACCUGCUUCUCCCACAGCCGUACGACGGGUUGGUUCAGUCACAUCAAGGCAGACAACUAACCCCAAUGGAACAGCUUCUCAAUAUCAAACAGCAGUUAGAGUGGGUUCACCUCUAACCCUGACUGAUGCACAGACUAGGGUAGCUUCUCCAUCCCAUGCCCAGGUAGGCUCAUCUUCCCCAAAACGCUCUGGAAUGACUGCAGUUCCACAACAUCUGGGAUCAUCAAUACAAAGAACUAUUCAUGAUAUUGAACAAUUUGGACAACAGCAAUAUGAUAUUUAUGAGAGGAUGGUUCCACCUCGUCCAGACAGUCUCACAGGCUUGAGAAGUUCCUAUGCUAGUCAGCAUAGCCAGCUUGGACAAGAGCUGCGUUCUGCUGUAUCUCCUGACUUGCACAUUACUCCUAUAUAUGAAGGGAGAACUUAUUAUAGUCCUAUAUAUCGUAGUCCAAAUCAUGGAACUGUUGAACUCCAAGGGUCCCAGACAGCAUUAUAUCGCACUGGAUCAGGUGUUGGAAAUCUACAAAGGUCAUCCAGCCAGCGAAGCACUCUUACAUACCAAAGAAACAAUUAUGCUCUAAAUACAACAGCUACCUAUGCGGAACCCUAUAGGCCAAUGCAGUAUCGAAUGCAGGAGUGCAAUUAUAACAGACUUCAGCACACAGCACCAGCUGAUGAUGGAACAACCAGAUCACCAUCCAUAGAUAGCAUUCAAAAAGAUCCCAGGGAAUUUGCUUGGCGUGAUCCUGAACUGCCUGAAGUCAUUCACAUGCUACAACAUCAGUUUCCAUCAGUUCAAGCUAAUGCAGCGGCCUACUUACAACAUCUGUGCUUUGGAGAUAACAAAGUAAAAACUGAGGUAUGUAGAUUAGGAGGAAUCAAAUAUCUGGUUGACCUUUUGGAUCACAGAGUUUUAGAAGUUCAGAAGAAUGCUUGUGGUGCACUACGAAAUCUUGUUUUUGGAAAAUCUACAGAUGAAAAUAAAAUAGCAAUGAAAAAUGUUGGUGGGAUACCUGCCCUGUUGAGAUUGUUAAGAAAAUCUAUUGAUGCAGAAAUAAGGGAACUUGUAACUGGAGUUCUCUGGAACUUGUCUUCAUGUGAUGCAGUAAAGAUGACAAUCAUUCGAGAUGCUCUAUCAACUUUAACAAACACUGUGAUAGUUCCACAUUCUGGGUGGAAUAAUUCUUCCUUUGAUGAAGAUCAUAAAAUUAAAUUUCAGACUUCACUAGUUCUACGUAAUACUACUGGUUGUCUGAGAAAUCUCAGUUCAGCUGGUGAAGAAGCACGGAAACAAAUGAGGUCCUGCGAAGGCUUGGUGGAUUCCCUGUUAUAUGUGAUCCACGCAUGUGUGAACACUUCUGAUUAUGACAGCAAGACUGUGGAGAACUGUGUGUGCACAUUGAGAAACCUGUCCUAUCGAUUAGAAUUAGAAGUACCUCAGGCACGACUGCUGGGAAUAAAUGAAUUGGAUGACUUGUUGGGAAAAGAAUCUCCCAGCAAAGAUUCUGAACCAAGUUGUUGGGGGAAAAAGAAGAAGAAGAAAAAGAGGACUCCGCAAGAGGAUCAAUGGGAUGGAGUUGGCCCUAUACCUGGAUUUUCUAAGUCUCCUAAAGGUGUUGAAAUGUUAUGGCAUCCAUCCGUAGUAAAGCCAUACCUAACACUUCUAGCAGAAAGCUCCAACCCAGCUACUUUAGAAGGUUCUGCAGGAUCGCUCCAGAAUCUUUCUGCAGGAAACUGGAAGUUUGCUGCAUAUAUACGAGCUGCUGUCCGAAAAGAAAAAGGUCUUCCUAUUCUUGUAGAACUUCUGAGAAUGGACAAUGAUAGAGUUGUGUCUUCUGUGGCAACUGCUCUGAGGAAUAUGGCAUUAGAUGUUCGUAACAAGGAGCUUAUAGGUAAAUAUGCAAUGCGAGACCUAGUAAAUCGUCUGCCAGGAGGCAAUGGCCCAAGCAUCUUGUCUGAUGAGACUAUGGCAGCAAUCUGCUGUGCUCUGCAUGAGGUCACCAGUAAAAACAUGGAGAAUGCCAAAGCCCUGGCUGACACUGGAGGAAUCGAAAAACUAGUGAACAUUACCAAAGGGAGAGGAGACAGAUCAUCCCUCAAAGUGGUGAAAGCAGCAGCCCAAGUAUUGAACACAUUAUGGCAAUAUCGGGACCUGCGAAGCAUUUAUAAAAAGGAUGGAUGGAAUCAAAAUCAUUUUAUUACACCUGUAUCAACAUUAGAGCGUGAAAGAUUCAAAUCACACCCUUCCCUCUCGACAACCAACCAACAGAUGUCACCUAUCAUUCAGUCAGUUGGCAGCACAUCUUCAUCACCAGCACUGUUAGGAAUUAGAGAACCUCGCUCUGAGUAUGAUAGGACACAACCAUCUAUGCAGUAUUACAAUAGCCAAGGUGAUGUCAUACAUAAAGGCAUAUAUGCUGGCUCCAGCAAACCUUCACCAAUUUACAUCAGUUCCUAUUCCUCACCAGCAAGAGAACAAAAUAGACGGCUACAGCAUCCACAGCUGUAUUAUAGUCAAGAUGACUCCAACAGAAAGAACUUUGAUGCAUACAGAUUGUAUUUGCAGUCUCCUCAUAGCUAUGAAGACCCUUAUUUUGAUGAUCGAGUUCACUUUCCAGCUUCUACUGAUUACACAACACAGUAUGGACUGAAAUCAACAACAAAUUAUGUAGACUUUUAUUCCACUAGACGACCUUCUUAUAGAGCAGAACAGUAUCCGGGGUCACCAGACUCCUGGGUGUAGCAUCAUGAAGCUCAGUAGAGGAAUUCUUUUCUUCCUAACCAUGUUUCAAUUAAGAUGGAGAGAAAAACGUUUGCUUAUUUGAUGGUGAAACAUGCAAGUGAAAUGGAAAAAACAAGGGGAAGAGGUGUUUUGUUUUCCUUUAAGGAAUUAUCAGAAAAGUGAGGAAAGCGUUGGAAGAGAACUUUGUAGCUCUGCUUAGGUAUUAGUUCUAAUUUACUUGUAGUUCCUGUAGUGUGGUGAAGGUGUGGGCAAUGUGAUGAAAGUUUGAGAAAUGGGAAAAAUGAGUGGGGAGAAUGUGUAGAUCAAAUCAAAUUACAGAUGAUUUUUAUGUGAAUAAAGUCAUGUUCUGAUAGUUUGUACAGAAAAAAUAAAUAAAAUGGAUGCCCUUCUUUUAUUGCUAUUACUAAAUGUCAAGAUUGUAUGCUAUUAUGUCUUGUAAAUUUCUUUUGUUGGUGUAAAUAUGGAAAUGCCACAUUGGUUCAAAGUGCCAUCAUUUGUAAUGCAGUGUGUCAUUUUAAAAGAGAUUUGAGAAGCUAAAAAUUAAACAAAUGGAAAACCCAAGAUACUUAUCAAUUUUAAAAAUACCUUCUUUUUUUUGUUUUUAAAAUGAAUAGUAUAAUUUGGAAGCACAAAGUCCAAUCCAGUAUAGAAAUACCGUUCCCAUUCCCUGCCUCUUUCAUAGGACACUUCACUGCCAUUUUCUAUGCACAUGGAAGAAAAAUAAAUGUGGAAGUUUCAUCCAUAGAAAAGUGUUCCCUUGCUCAUUUUUAUUUUCUGUAUGUAAUACGGAGAAACAAAUUUAAUAAAUGUGAACUCUAAUUGCAUGUUGUAAGCAGCUUAAAUAUAUUAAACUAUUUUUACUUUUUUCCUAA